AUGUCGACCCAGCAACAGAUCCCUGUGCCCCAAGUCGGGAAGCUCGUCAGUGUGGUCCCAGUUGGAUUAAAGGAGGCCGCACUCGACUCGCCGACAUUCCGUGCCACCACGCUACACUUUGCCGACCAGAUUGAGUUCCUAGAAAGAUGGCUCGAUGGCUAUGCGAGGGCUGCUUCGAAGCUCUCUAUGGGGCUAGCAUCCAUGGAGAGUAUUGUUAACACCUUUCUGUCAUAUUCUACACACCCCGUCGCAGUCUCAGAAGCUGCUCUCGACCAUGAUUAUACGCUAUUGUCAAUGAGGAGAUGCGGGGAUAGUUCAAAGGACUUGUGGAAUGGGCUGGUGUCUACUUCAAAAAAGAUUGAGAUGCUGGUUGCAGAACCUAUAAGGAUCUUUAUCCAAGAGGAUCUGCGAAAUUUCAAGGAGACCCGUCGAGUGCUCGACCAGACACAAAAACAUUAUGACUACCUCUUGUCUAGAUAUUCAUCGCAGUCUAAAUCGAAGGAACCUUCGUCUCUGAGAGAAGAUGCCUUUCAACUUCACGAGGCUCGCAAAGCUUAUCUCAAGGCUUCGAUGGACUUCUCAGUACAAGCCCCCCAAAUACGAAAUGGCCUUGAUCGGCUCUUGGUAGGUGUGUCCUUUGACCAAUGGCGGGAGUUUAAGACUUUCUUCCAAAUAAACGGCGCAGGCUUUGCCAAGUGGGCCCAUGAGAUGGACAGGAUAAAAGGCUGGGUACUUGAAAUGGAUGCAAGUGAAAGGUCUUCUAAGAGAGAGCUAUUUUCUGCAAGGAAGGAAAUUGAAGAAGCUGCAGAGACGGCGGCUAGACCUUCUCGCGAGCUUGACGACUACUCUGUGUCUACCGUUCCUUACCUUGGGUCCCGCCCGUUAUCGGAUCUUAGCAUGACGAAAGAAGCCAGGCCUGAAAAACAGGGAUGGGUGUAUCUGCGAACACUCUAUGGCAAGCCUACACGGACUGCUUGGGUUAGACGCUGGAUAUUCUUGAAGAAUGGCAUAUUUAGCUGCCUUGUGCAGGGCCCGCGAACUGGCGGUGUCGAAGAAAGUGAAAGAAUUGGUGUUUUACUCUGUAGUGUUCGAGCGGCAUUCCAAGAAGAACGACGGUUUUGCUUUGAGGUGAAGACAAAAAGCAACAGUGUCAUGCUCCAGGCAGAGACACAAAAGGAACUCAUGGAGUGGAUAUCAGCUUUUGAGGCUGCUAAACGGAAAGCCUUGGAAAACCCAGCGAGUACAGAUCUUUCGGUUUCUGGCAAAGUUACUGUCCAAGAUCCGGCCUUCGCAAUUUCUCAACCUCCAGCUCCAGAGUUCACUGCUGACCCAGCGGAUUCUUUAACACCUCACUCAAACGACGAACACAAUUCGUCGGACCGCAAUGGCAUGCUUCCUCUCCCAGAAAGAGACCCGGCCUCUCUUCGAAACAGUAGUGAUAUCAGCCGACGCCUCACUGGACUUGAUUGCGAGACUUCCCCCAGAGAACAUACAUCUCGAAUUAUUCAGAAACUGGACCUUCACCGCAAAAUGAACAACAAUGUACAGCCUUCUACAUCCAUACCAGGUGCUGGAGGUGGGAUAGCCAGUCUUAUCUCUGCUGGCCAUAACACUAUUGUCUCCGGUACCGCACUUCCUUAUAGUGUGGCAGACGGUGAUCCGAACAGGGGACGCAGUAUGUCUAACCGCUUUGAUCCACCCACAACCCUUGCUCCACCGACCCUAGCAAACCCGCCUGCACCCACAAGUAUGAGCAAGGCGGCUGUUAUCGUGAGCAAUGAAAGAGGAAUCGGGCUGGGACAUGCUGACAAGACUGGCGGCAUGCCAAGCGGUAUGAUGGCGAACCUGUGGGGUAGCUCUAACUGGAGCUUUGUAAACAGGAUUGAACUAGAACGCAUGGGGUGCCCCGAUACGGAACAGGAUGCAGCCUCUCAACAACGACCGUCCUCACGAAUGAGUGACUCAUCAAAGCACGUAAUGUCGACAGAAGCGAAUACCACUAGUGCCACUGGUGCUAAGCAACACAAGCUUGGUCCCCGCCAUAGACAGACAGUUAGCCUGGACGGGAAUGCAUCCCAAGUGCAGCGUGCAGUAUUGGGGGUUACGCAUGAGUAUCCAAGUUACUAUCCACAGCAGCUUAAGAUUCAGGAUGCCCAAUUCCGGCUGCUUUUCCCGAACGUCAAAAAAGAGGAGCCUUUAGUGAUGGUUUUCCGAGCUACAUAUGCUAUGAAUGAUCAGCAAGAGUUCCCUGGAAGAGCUUAUGUUACGACCCGCGACUUAUACUUCUAUAGCCACUAUUUUGGGCUUGUACUAACAACAAGUGUCUCGUUAGAGAGUAUCAAAGAAGUGACAGCCGCUGCUGGGAGAGACUCUGACUUUUUAUUUUUUCACACUGUUCCGAGGCCCGGUGAAGACAUCCCAGGUCGAAUUACGGUAAAGACUUUCCUCGAGCCAUUGAAACUCCUCCAGAGACGUCUUAACUUCUUAAUUGACGAUACGACCGCUGUUGAACCUCUGGGGCUUGAAGCAAUCUUUAAUGCUCUCAAUAAAAUGGAAGCAGAUGCGGCAACCCGAACUCCUAGCGUUGAUAGCUGGGAAGACGUGGGCAUGGACGAGAAAAUUUCUGGAGUAGAUGCUGCAGCUCCAGGGUCACGGAAGGAUAUUCGGCCGGCCAUCUACAUCGAGAAAGGCUUAGAUAUGCAUUCGAAGAAGGGCAGCAACGGCAAGGAUGUAAUGAAGUUCAGAUUGCCAACUCAACCCGUUCAAUAUGUUCCUCAAGGCAACCUUCAUCUUGCAGCAGAGAAGGUGUUUGAUCUCAGCCCCAAGGCGGUUUUCCAUAUUCUUUUCGGCGACAAGAGUGCUGUCUGGCAGCUCCUUUUGCACCAAAGAAGGGCUCAAGAUAUCAAGCAAGGACCUUGGUCUCGCAAUGAAUCUAAUCAUUUGAGGCGAGAUUUCAGGUAUCAAAUUGAGACAACGAAUAUGCUUGGUCAUAAGCACGGCCAGACCAUAUCCGAUUAUCAGAUGAUAGAUGUCCUUAAUGACCACCUCUGCUACGUGAUAACAGACAAACGGACUCCUUGGCAUCUUCCUUUCAAGCGCUCGUUCAGGCUGGUCAGUAAGAUUGUGAUCACUUUUGUCGCGAAGGGCAAGAGUAAGCUUGCUAUAUAUACUAAGGUGGAGUGGUUGUGGUCUCCCUAUGGCAUUCAACGUGUCAUUGACAAACAAGCAACCGGUGACCUAGAGCAAGAUGCUCUGGAUCUUGUGGAUCUCGUGAGCGAGCAAGUGCGUAGGCUCGGUGCACACAGCCGAACCAAGAAAGCCAUUACAAUCUUCGGUCACGUUGGCCGUCAGAACACCGUAUCACAGCUAGGCGAGUCAGACUUCAAGAUAGAGAUUCGAAAUCCUCGCACUCAGAGGACGUUGGUCCAACUUCUAUUUGAGACGUUCGUCAGCUUCCUCGAAAGUGCCGUUUCGUCCGUGAUGCUUUGGACAUUUGCCCUCUUUCGCUGGGUCUGGAAGACUGCAAACGCUAAUUUAAUUAUCCUUGCCUUGUUAAUAUCCAGCAUGCUGAUAAAUGGUUUCUAUACCUCACGGGAUGCCUAUGAUUGGUGGUACGAAAGAAAAGCCGAGAAUUUCAUGGCUCGUCUGGGAGUUCACCCGGACCAUGUCAUGAGCAAAGCUAUCUACAUGAGGGACAUCGAUGAAGUAAUUGCAAACUCAACCCUCGGACAUACGAGCGACGAUGUCAGUGACUGCUUCGCCACCUUCCACCAGCAAACAAUACGGAAUGUUGGAACCCCGCUAUCCAUCAGUACGUCCGGUCCGAGAGAUUCAGCGACGAAGAGCGCAGCCAGACGGCUCCAGCAGACUCGUGAACGCCUGGCUAUGCAUCGACAUGACCUCGUGGUAGGCCUACGCGUGGUGAACAGCAUCGAAAGAGAGAUCCUCCAGAACGAAUGGGAGCGUUGGCUCCGACAAGAACUGAGACGUUGUGACCAAGUCGAAGCCCUUCUCGGACAGAGUAGUGACAGUGACAAGGUAGACAUGCAGGUGGACCGGACAGGUCAGGCUGCGUUCGCUGAUUUAUCCGACGACGUCAGGGAAUGGUACGAAAGGUAUUGUACAAGCUGCCAUCAAGAACAAGACUUAGUCGAAGAGAAUCACCGUGCGUAUGGCAAUUCAUGA